AUGGGGCAGGGUCUUCACACUAUGAGUCCAUUUGAUGAAUACACAUUAAAAAAGAGUUUGAGGCAAACCGAGUCAUAUAAUCUAGAUGAUUAUAAUCCCGGGGCAAGUACUUCAGGUUCAGGGGAUAUUGUACAAAUGCUUAAACAGAUUUUGGUAAAUCAAGAGGAGAUGCAGCAAGAAAUGAAGGAGUCUUUGGAGCAGCUACGUGAAGACACAAAAGAGUCUCUCAAGCAGCUUCGUGAUGACACCAAGGAGUCUCUCAGGCUGCUCUGGGAAGACACGAAAGAGUCAUUGAAAGA